CAGUAGUAGGCCUAGAUAUAAAUUAUGACAUUAGAAAACGGACAGAUGGGUUUGUAGCCUACUGUACUGGAUGUGCUGUAAUUGACAGUUGUUGAUUGUCUGGAAAAAUAAUAAUAAACACUUAUAAAUAAUUGCAUCUAGAACUUGGAGGAAUCCUGAAAACGGAGAAAAAAAACGUCUCGUACCAAUUCCGUCAUCUUCGGAGAUCACCGGGAGCUCGCACCGAAUAUCCGCUGCCCCGCCUCCCCUCCCCUCUUCCCGUCAGCUCGAGACCAACGGAAACAUCAUAGGCCUGUCCGGCUGAUCCACACGCGGGAAACGUAUCUAGGAGACAUAUAUACAUUUGAUUUGUUACAACGUGCCUGGAAGUGUGAGAGCAUUCCUCCCCAGCUGAUCCAGAGAGCCAGACGGAAGUCUCCUACUCAGAGGCUUUAACAUUCAGCGGUGACCAGACAAGGGGACCGUGUUAUUGGUAAAUAUCGUCUGGAAUAAAUCCCGUGGAUUACCACCCGUGGGUGGUUUUAGUGGAGACACGGCCCGGUAUCCCCACCGCCUCUGUCUUUCUCCCGGUCGGUCGGGUGGAUCUGCCGUGGUAGGACUGUCAUGAGCCCGGGCUGGGAAUGGCAUCCUCUCCCAGUGUUUGUAAGAAGGUCGGGCCGGUGGAGGAGGAGAACGGAGAACCGGAUCGUUCUCUACAAGAGAUGUUGAAGGCGAUAGCCGACGAACGGAACCGUCUUACUGUCAGACAAGAAACUAGUGGACUUGGGUGUUUUAAGGACGACCGCAUCGUGUUCUGGACAUGGAUGUUCUCCACGUACUUCAUGGAGAAGCUGUCGCCGCGGGAACAGGACGACAUGUUGUUUUACGUCCGCAGGAAGCUGUCAUACGUCAGCCCCGACCAAUCAGAGGGCAAGAAGGUAGAUGUGGAGGUGUACAGGAGAGACUCUAAGAAGCUUCCAGGUUUAGGAGAACCUGACAUCGACUGGGAGGAGAGUGUUUACCUGAAUCUGAUCUUAAUGAAGCUGGACUAUGUGGUGACGUGUGCCGUCUGCACGCGCUCAGACGCAGGAGACAUCCACAUUCACAGGAAGAAGUCUCAGCAAGUGUAUGCGUCACCAAGUAAACACGCCAUGGACAGUAAAGGAGAGGAGUCUAAGAUGAGCUACCCCAACAUCUUCUUCAUGAUUGACAACUUUGAGGAGGUGUUCUGUGACAUGACGGUAGGCGAGGGGGAGAUGGUGUGUGUGGAGUUGGUAGCCAGUGAUAAGAGCAACACGUUCCAAGGAGUCGUCUUCCAAGGUUCCAUCCGCUACGAAGCUCUGAAGAAGGUUUACGACAACAGAGUGAGUGUGGCAGCGAAGAUGGCCCAGCGCAUGUCGUUCGGCUUCUAUAAGUACAACAACAUGGAGUUUGUCAGGAUGAAGGGGCCGCAGGGCAAAGGUCACGCUGAGAUGGCGGUCAGCCGGGUCCCGACCGGAGACACGUCCCCCUGCGGCACAGAGGAGGACCUGGACUCACCCCUACACGAGAGGGUGACGUCGUUCAGCACCCCUCCCACCCCGGAGAGGAACCGCCCCUCGUUCUUCUCCCCUUCUCUCCGUCGGAAGGUCCCCAGGAACCGUAUCACUGAGAUGAAGAAGAGUCACUCAGCCAACGAUAGUGAAGAGUUCUUCAGGGAAGAGGACGACGAGGACCUGUGUAACCAGUCCAACCUGCGGUCUCGCUCCCUGUCGGGUACAGGUCGGUCCCUGGUGGGAUCUUGGCUCAAACUGAACCGUACGGAGGAGUACUUCCUGCUUUACUCCCACCUGACCUACGUCACCCUGCCGCUGCACCGCAUCACCUCAGAUAUCCUGGAGGUGAGACAGAAGCCCAUCCUGAUGACAUAGCAGAUCAGAGCUCCAGUCCUCCUAACUGCCCCAGAGCCUCCCUACGAAGUGCCUUCCUGCAUCAGGCACCACUACAAACCAGUGGUGAGAUGGAAAACUACAGCAACACUACCACCAUCUGUUGGUGAGAUGGAGGAAGUACAGCAACCCUACCACCAUCUGGUGGUGAGAUGGAGGAAUUACAGCAACACUACCACCAUCUGGUGGUGAGAUGGAGGAAUUACAGCAACACUACCACCAUCUGGUGGUGAGAUGGAGGAAUUACAGCAACACUACCACCAUCUGGUGGCGAGACAGAGAACUACAACCAAACCUGGAGUCAAUGGCAAGAGGUGACUAAAAAACAACUUUGGAACAAUGAAAACCAGCCAAUCAAAAAAGUGCCUCUUCCCUGUCAUGUUCCUGCUCGAUGAGGAUUCGCCGGUGGGUGUGAGGCGGUCGCCAGGGAAACGGGCAUAGCAACCCACCUGUCCUGUCAGGAUCACAAUGGUCGUGAAGUGCAGUACCAUUGGCUGAACUCUGACCUGGAACUAAAAUUAUUUAGAAUGUCUCUGGACGAAUCUAAAAUGGAACUCUCUUCCCAGUUUAGUGCACUAACGUUGGCCUUAGCCCUGUGUGGACUCUGAUCUAAAGUAGUGCUCUGUAAAAGGGAAUAGGGUGCCAUUUUGGACAACGUCUCCUGUUUUCUUGUAAAUAUCCUGCUGCUUAACUAUUCACUGAUAAGCCUUUAGGAAAGGUUACGCUUCUUCUGAUGGGAACAUAAAGCUUCUGUCUGUUUUGUCGUUGCGUGUUUGUGUUUCUGUCUGCGAGGCGGGGAAGGUUAAAGGGAGUGUGUGUCUGUGUGUCUAACAUCGUUGUCUAAGUCCCAGGGCUUUGUGGAUGUGCUGCCUUCAGUCUAUCAGCACACCACUGGCACAUAAAGGAUGUUACUCUGAGACCAGAAGGGCACCGUAUUGACCAGGGAGUAGGCUUCCAUCAGGCUCACAGUCUGGAGACCCUUCAACUCUUCAGUUUAACGUGACGAACUUUCAACAGGGAACCGAAAUUAUCAUCUAUAUAGAAAAAUUAAAAAACAAUGAUGUGGAAAUUCACACACACACACACACACGUGUGAGAAAGUUUUUCCUCAGCACUGGAACAAGAUGGCUGAAUAUAGAAACGCAGGGCCUGCUGAUACUCAGCUUUAGUAGCGGUAAGAUACUAAACCCUGUUUCUGUCUGGUCUCGUCCCCAGGCUGCUGUUAUGUAGAGCCUGGUGACUGUGGGACUGUCUGGAACUAAGGGGGUGUGGAUUUACUGAGUGAUAUGCUAAUCAAUUCCAAUUCUGGAGCGACUCACACGACUAUGAGGAGAAGGGGGAGGGAGCGAGCCUGGGAUAGUUGUAUUUAUGGAAGCCCAUUCCUGCCACACAAAAUAUAAUUAAAUGUCGACACUGCCUCAACAUUUUGAGCUUCUAACUAAAACCAUUUAGACAGAACAUACAUACACUACAUGGACAAAAGUAUGUGGACACCUGGUCGUCAAACAUCUCAUUUCAAAAUCAUGAGCAUUAGUAUGGAGUUGGGUCUCCCCCAACUGGUUCUGUGCAGGCCAGUCAAGUUCUUCCACACCGAUCUCGACACACCACUUUUGUAUGGACCUGACUUUGUGCACAGGGGGCAUUGUCAUGCUGAAACAGGAAAGGGCCUUCCCCAAACUGCUUCCAUAGUUAGUUAGUUUGGAACUCGGUAGCGAGUGUUGCCACGGGCUUCAGCACUCGGCGGUCCCGUUCUGUGGUCUACCACAGCCGUUGUUGCUCCUAGACGUUUCCACUUCACAAUAGCAGCACUUACAGUUGACCGGGGGCAGCUCUAGCAGGGCAGAAAUUUGACCAACUGACUUGUUGGAAAGGUGCCACAUUGAAGGUCACUGAGCUCUUCAGUAUGGCCAUUCUACUGCCAAUGUUUGUCUAUGGAGAUUGCAUGGCUGUGUGCUCGAUUUUAUACACCUGUCAGCAACGGGUGUGGCUGAAAUAGCCAAAUCCACUCAUUUGAAGGGGUGUCCACAUACUUCUGUGUAUAUACAUACUCUGUGUUUCUUCAUUUGUAGCAUUAUGUGGUGAAUUAUAUGAGUCCAUUGCUGAACUGGCAUUUGUCCCAACACUUUAUAUUGUUUAUUAAAAUAAUUGACACAAAAGC